AUGGCCGACCCGGAUGCCGACGGCGCCCGGGCUCCACGUUACGAUGGAGAGGACGUUAGCCCGACCACCGACCGCGAGCUGAGAGGAUGGUACAGUACCGGCCUGGCCGCUGAGAUCUUCGCCGUCUGCGGUGUCGGUGAGUGUCUAUCCUCAUCUUCUCGAUCCGUCGGGUCUGCACUGAUCACGCCUGCAUAGGCUCUUUCGCCCCCGUCACGCUCGAGCAGUUCGCCCGCGAAAGCGGUGUCCUGCGCUCCGAUGGCAAGACACCAUGUAUCACGCCGAAAGGCGAUACCGUAAGACGUUUUGCACACGUGAUUGCUCGAGCAGCAGGCUCAGGCGAGGAUGAGAAGAAUCAGUGCAUCAUCCGCCCGUUUGGGAGGGAUAUGGCCACGGCCAGUUUCGCCAUGUACACCUUCUCCAUCGCCGUCCUCGUGCAGGCGUUGGUGUUGAUCUCGUUCAGUCCCGUUGCUGACUAUGGUAGGCCAUCUUCUUCCACUCCACAAUAAGCCUGUCUUCCCUCUUGCUGAUCCCGCGUGUAGGUCGCUACCGAAAACAGCUCCUUCUUGGCUUUGCUUUCACGGGAUCCCUCUUCGCUCUGCUCAUAGGGCUCGUGUCGCCCUCGGUGUAUUUGCUCGCGUCUUUGGCUGUCAUCAUUGGAGUGGUUUGCCUCGGGUCGACCUUUGUGCUGCUAAACUCUUUCUUGCCUCUGCUGGCCGCCCGCCAUCCGUCUGUCAACGACAAACAUGCGAGCGGCUCCACGCCUCUGCAGACAAUGUCCACCGGGCCUUCCAAAGGAGCCGAUACGUCCCCUGAGCUUCGACUGUCCACCCACAUCUCCUCCAAGGGGAUUGGCUUGGGCUAUGCCGCUGCUGUGUCAGUGCAGAUUCUGAGCAUCCUGUUGCUUGUGUUGCUCAAGAAGGCGCACUUCUCCGCAGAAUCAACUCCACUUCGAUUCGUGCUCCUCAUGGUCGGCAUCUUCUGGUUUGCACUGACGCUUCCGGGCGCAUACUGGCUACGCGAUCGACCGGGCCCUUCAUUGAGAGUCGUUCAUCCGUGGAAGUCGCGUCUGCCGGCCGUGUUACAGUACCUCGUCUUCGCUUGGAGCUCCGUAUGGGGUACUGUCAAGACUGCCGCUAAGCUCCGACAAGCAUGGGUCUUUUUGGUUGCUUGGUUCUUGCUGUCUGAUGCUAUUGCGACGGUGUCUGGGACUGCUAUACUGUUCGCCCGAACGGAGCUCCACAUGGGUACGAUUGCCAUUGCUCUUCUCUCCAUUACAGCAACCACCUCGGGCAUGGCAGGCGCAUUUGUAUGGCCGCGAAUCUCCAAACGGUACGGAUGGCAAACGAAGAAAACCAUCCUCGCCUGCGUGCUCAUGAUGGAGAUCAUACCACUCUACGGACUGCUUGGCUUCAUCCCCUUUGUCAAAGCGUGGGGCUUUCUUGGCCUGCAGCAGGCCUGGGAGAUCUAUCCACUGGGUUUCGUCCACGGGUUCGUUAUGGGCGGUCUAUCGUCCUACUGUCGCUCCUUCUAUGGCGAGAUGAUUCCGCCAGGGUCCGAGGCUGCAUUCUAUGCUUUGUACGCCAUUACUGAUAAAGGUAGCUCCGCUGUUGGACCGGCUAUCGUAGGUGCGAUUGUGGAUGCCAUAGGGACCAUUAGGCCCGCGUUUGGCUUUCUUGCAGUAUUGAUCGCGCUUCCUAUGCCGCUCGUAUAUCUGAUCGAUGUCCAGAAAGGAAGGGCGGAUGCCGCUGCACUUUCCAAGCACAAUGGACAUAUCGCGGGAGAGCCUAUCAGGAUGCAAGAAUACGACAGAGUUGGCCAAGAAGACGACGAUGAGGGACUUCUAAGACGGAGCGUGGAUGCAGACUUGGAGCGUUGAGAGUAUCACGCGACUUCUCGUUGUGCUGCUGGAAUGCGAAAUCUCAUCCAGCGCUGUUACCUAACGGAUCCAACAUUAUAGCACAGCUGGAAAGCCGGUACUCAAGCACGAUCCUAUUCGGGGUGUCAACCUUUCUCGACAUCCCCAGAUUGCGUAGAAGUGACUUGCAUCAAGAAUGUCGCCAUUGGGAGCCGCUGAUGAUGAUUUCCCGAACCGUGAGCGCGACCAAACUCAAAGUCUUACCAGCAAUUCGCAGAGCCAUCAAUGAAAUCUACUCAGCAAUUGGCUCCGCACAGUAAUCCGGGCGAUGGUACUCAACGGCUCCUGCACGCCUUCAAUCUCCCUGCAAUGCAAUAUGAUCGAAUAAAAGAGUCUUCAUCUCCAGCGUCUGCCCUUGGACUUCCGACUUGACAUACACACACACACACACACACACACACACACACACACACACAAGCACACACACACUCGUUUGUUCAGAUUCUCAUCCCUUCAAUCCUCAAAUCCACACAUACCCUCUAUCGCCACGAUGAAGACCGUCGCCAUCGCUACUCUCAUCGGCCUUGUCGCCGCCCAGCAGGGCGUGACUCAGAUCGGUUCGCAACACUGCCUGCCUGCAGAAAGCGAUCUCGCAACGAUAGACUGACGGGAAGGCAGGUGAUGGUCAAGUUCAAGCCCCUGUGAGUGCUGCGAGUGCUGCGAGUGCUAGCUCGUCGGCCGGUGAGUCUCAGCAUCUCUUCAUGCGGGAUGAUCGCUGAUAUAUCCGUGAUAGCUACUGCUGUAGCUUCCUCGCGCGCAAGCAGCGCUGCUGCCUCUUCCGCCAGCUCUGUUCCUUCGAUCUCUACUACUAGUGCUGCUGCUGCUGCUUCCUCGGCUGCUUCCGGCGCUCAUGUCACGCAGAUUGGUGGGUUCAUGGCCCUUUGCCUUUGGGGGCAUUGAGAGGGAUCCACGCAGCUGAUGUUCUUCCCGUAGGAGACGGACAGGUCCAGGCCCCUGGCCCGGCUGCUACUGCUGCUGCUUCAAGCUCUGGCUCCGGCGCAAGUGCCAGCUCAAGUGCCGCUGUCUCCCAGAUUGGUAAGACUUUCUCAUCUAAUAUGAAUGACAUUGGAGAGCUUCUGCUUACGGUUUGCUACAGGAGACGGGCAGGUUCAGGCCCCUGGCCCGGCUGCUACUGCUGCUUCAAGCUCCGGUGCGGGCUCAAGCUCUGGCUCGGGCUCGACUGCCGGCUCAAGUGCCGCUGUCUCCCAGAUUGGUAAGACUUUCUUCAUCAAACAUGAAUGAGAUUGCAGAGCUUCUGCUUACGGUUUGCUAUAGGCGACGGGCAGGUUCAGGCCCCUGGCCCGGCUGCUACUGCUACUGCUGCUGCUUCAAGCUCUGGCUCGACCGCCAGCGGUGCUGCCAGCUCGAGCGCCGUUGCCUCCCAGAUUGGUAAGACUUUCUUCAUCAAACAUGAAUGAGAUUGCAGAGCUUCUGCUUACGUUUUGCUAUAGGCGACGGGCAAGUUCAGGCCCCUGGCCCGGCUGCUACCUCUGCUGCAGCAAGCCCAGCUGCUUCUACUGCGCGCGCCAAUGCCACCACCGCAGCCGGCGUCACCCCUUACACCGGCGCUGCCGCCAAGCUCGCCGCGGGCAGCUGCGCUCUCGUCGCUGCUGUCGUUGCCGUCUUCGCUUUGUAAGUAAGUAAGUAAGAAGCUGGAAGAAGAAGAAGAAGAAGAAGGAGGUGGGAAGAUGGGGAGGGGGGGCCAAGGGUUACUUACUUCCUACCGCCUCCUCUUCCAAAAGUUGUGUAUAUUAGUUGGGGGUUUGUUUUGUUUGUUUGUUUGAAGUAGAAGAAGAAUUAAUUUUAGAAGGGAGAGGUUUCUCUUCCGGGCGUUGCGAUUUUUCAAUAUUAUUAGAAUGUUUUCUUCUAUAUAUACAUAUCUACAUCUUGCUUUGGAUUUUCGACGGUUUUGUUUGCCUCGAAUGCUGCGACUUCAUAUUACGGACGAAGUAUUGAGGCAUGGAACGAGAAUCCCUGCCUGCAUGUGUCCGGCCGAUUUCGGGUUCCGGCUUCGGAUAUCUAAUCUACAGGAUUGAUCCAUUUUUUUUUCCCGUCCUCUUGUUUUCCAUCAUCUCAUCUCAUCUCACGUUCUUGCUCGUCUUCAUCAUAAGGUAUCGAUCAAUCAUUUGCAGCACAACGCUUCGAGCCGGCAGUGUUGUUGUUGUUGUUGAAGAAGGUGCCGUUUUUGGCGAAGACUGGGUCGGGUCGGGUUGCCGGUGGUACAGGAUCAACGUAAAGACGGCACGGCAGAUUGGGAGCCGUCUAACCUUCUUUUCUUUUCCAUUUCGUCUUCCUCGUUCUGCUGCAUUAUUUUCAAUGAUGAUGAUGAUGAUGAUGACUUGUUGAUAUAUCGCUGGAGUCUUGCUUCUCGUUUCCGAUGAUUUACAGUGUAUAGCUCAGGCCAUAUUCAUCCGAAGACAACGCCCGCAUCUUUGGCUACUCGAACGGAGAUGAGGCUAUCCACGGGACUCGUGGUCGCCGCCAGCAUCGUCAAGGCUCAAGGUCAAGACGCGGAGUCGAAGCGAUUUUGCCAUGGAGUGACGAAGCCGCUGGUCUCGGAUGAGGCGCAACAACGCUCUGCGCUGAUAUACUGCUCAUCAUUGCUAUCCGUUCCCGCCAGGGAGACGACUACGGUGACGGUGACGGUGACGGUGACGGUGACGGCGACGACUUCAGCACUUGGAUCGGCGACGGCAGCUGCACCACCAACCCACUUUCCGCCCGUCUUCCAUUCCUGCCUGUCCCAGCCCGAGGUCGUGCGCAGAUUGGACGCCCAAAGACGACUUGCGAAGACCAUCGUUCCCAAGCCGUCUGCCUUCCAUGCCUACGGCUCCUGUGGACAGAAGUCGGCAGCUUGUAGCUGUAUCCUUCCUUCUCUUACUUCUGCAGUCACAGAAACAGAGGUGAAAACGGCACAUCCAGCUUCAUCGACCGAGGCUUCUACUCCAACUGAAACAGCGAAGACCUUUGUGCUUCAAUCCGAAGACGGGAGAUUCGCCCGAGUCGACACUCGGAGUUCGCGUUCGAAUCCGCUCCUCUUCCGUGCCGAGGCCAAUGGCUUGUCCACACGAUCUGCGACUGUCUUCACCUUGGACCCGGUUUGUGGACUCACAGCAUCGGGCCCAUUUACCAUUCGCGGCCACCAAGCCAUGCAGGCGACAAGGGCGGGGACGGACGCGGUCGUGUUCGAGCAUCCCAACGCAGCUGGAACAGGAUAUACUCCACUCAUGUGUGAAAUUGCGGCCGUCACCACCCAACUGGUCUGCGCCAGCAAUGGAGGCUCACCGCAUUCCGGUUUCCUGGGGACGAACAGCGAAUGGAACGUUGGCAAAGGCCAUUGGAAAGAUUUCGUGGUGUUUGCAAGACCCGCACUAGUAGAGAGCAGUGGGGCUCCCUCUGUCGUACCGGGUAAUGCCUCCGUGGAGACGGAUGUCUUUCUGCAUGGCCCAGGGUCCCAAGAGGUCAUCGGCUGAGUCGUCAUCGGGCGAUUGAUCCAGUCUGGGCAGCGAAUCGGCCCCCGCGGAAGAGGACUCGUACGGUCAGGAGCGAUUUGUUCCAUCUGGAAACAUCGCUUUUUGCGAAGGGCGAGGAACUUUCGUCCCCGCUAAAUUUUUGCUGCCCCUGACUUAUGGGCGAGUCUGUGCACGAGGGCAUAAGCGCCCUCGCUUGGUCGAGGUAGAUAUGCGCGUAUGUACGCUGCUUCCGGGCCUCUGCGGAGAGCCUCCGUGCCCUCCCGUUGUCAUUCACCCACCGACCAGCACAUGCUUCUGGGCGUGAGUGCACAGACGGAUUGUUCGACUUCACUGCCAACUGCAAGGAUAUACGUUUAUGGAUCUUGAGUCAGCAAGAUCGAUCCCGGAGACGUGUACCUCUCGACAAGUAAGACACUGUCAGGCCACCUUGCGAGACAACACAUCGCUGGGCAACUGUUUGAACACUGGAGGGAAGAUCCUACGCAUCCUACGCUCUCUCGCCUUUCGCCUUUUUGUAUCUCCGAACUCCGUUGGCAUAGCUCCAGCCUGCCUGCUUCGGCCCAUGAUCGCUGCCGCUGAGAUCUUUGAGAUCCAACAUCUCCUCGUCGUGGACCUCCUCGCACGCGGAGAUGUGCUAGAGUAAGGCGGCUUGAGACAUCAACAGGCAGCUAUACCUAUGCUCAGAGUUCCGAAUAGCCGGGUUUGCAAGACUGUAUACAGCGCGUACGGAAGUUCACACCAUCCGCUUACUCCUGGAGCAUCCGCAACGUGUACAGCUUGCUCGUGACUAAGCUCCAAAAGCCAAAUUGCCCUAGAUCGUAGAGACGAAAUCUGAGGAUGUCCAAUGUGCAACAGACCGCCAAAUUGCAUUCACACAUUGGGGAAUAAUUAUGAAUGCGAGAUACGUAUGUCUGGCCAGAGUCUUAGCGAUGCUGCGGUUACAGCACGCUGGGACACCUUCAACUUCGUCCGGAACGCCAGGCUUAAGGGAUCACCCUGCCUUUCUGGCACAUUCCACGGAGGGGAACCCGACAGCUGCCUUGGGUUCUAGUUUGUUAUUCGAGUAUUACUAAGGAGACCCUACGACUUAUACACAUUCGCAGGAGACCUCGACCAUGUUCAGAGGACGUUGGAGUCCGGCUUGCCCGUGUUCAGAGGCUCAGUGGAGAGAUCGCUACCGGGAGCAGCCUGAGAUCAGACUCACUCGUACAUGCUUUUGUUGCCGUCGAGCCGGACUCGUGUCUGCUGCUUCUUAUGCCGCCGGGAAGAUGCAGCUGCAGAGAAUCCGGUGCGUUGUUCUCGGCGCUCUGAAACAAUCGCCGCGCUCCUACAAGAACAACCAAUUCUUCGUCUGUAGCUGCUGACAUCGGAAUGAAGCCUUCGAGUCGCUGAAUAGCCAUGGCGACCGUUCUCCCACGAUUCGACGCACGUCCAGGCGCAGACCGAGAAGACAUCGAGCUUACUCACACGAAUCCGACUUCACCUACAGGUUCCUCCACUGGCACGGAGAAGAGGACUGACGAGAAAGUUCACGUAUCCUCCGAGGACAUUCCUCCCCUCGGCGUCCCCAAGCACGAAAAGCGAUUCUGGUUUCAGCGCUCGCAGGCGUUGGAUAAAGAUGCCAUUGCCACCCAGCCUAGCGUCUACGACGACCCUGUCUCCGCGAAAGAAUAUCAGCCACGAUCUGAUUGGUAAGCUGAACCCGAUGCCUUCCUUGUGGUGGUCUGCUUACACUGCUCUAGGGAAAAUAUCCAUCGUUUCAAUUCGUUGGCUCGGUGGACAUGGCGCGAAGAAGCUGCGGUCGUUCGGAAGAUCGAUUGGCGCAUUGUGCCCAUCGUCUGCGCUCUGUACGUAGCGCUAGAGCUGGACAGGGCGAAUCUCAGCCAAGCGAACUCUGAUAAUUUCCUGAGCGACAUGGGGUUGACUACAAACGGUUUGGCACCUUCCCUUCACCGUUUGAAUUUGGCCGUGGCUGAUCUGUCACGCCAGACUAUAAUCUCGGCAACACCGUCUUCAAAGUGGCCUUCCUGUGUUCGGAGCUGCCCUCUCAGUGGUUAGCGAAGAGGGUAGGUCCCGACGUCUUCAUUCCAUUCCAAGUCACGGCUUGGAGUUUUGUGGCUGGCAGCCAAUUCUGGCUAUCGGGAAAGGCGAGUUUCUUCGUCUGUCGGGUACUCUUGGGCUGGUUUCAGGGAGGCUUUUCUCCUGGUGUAAGUUGGUCACUGGAUACGGUCUCCAUGCUUUCUGCUGACAAUCGCGCGCUCAGGUGGUGCUGUAUCUGUCGUACUGGCUGAAGCAUGCCGAGAUGACAAUUCGCUUGAGUUUCAUCUACACGGCAGAAAACCUCGCGGAUAUCGCAUCCAGUUUCCUCGCUGUGGGGAUUUUGGAAAUGCGAGGGAUUGGCGGACGUGCUGGAUGGCGGUGGCUGUUCCUGAUUGAGGUAUAAACGACUAUAACAACGCAAGAUGGUCGGCACGGCUGAUGCUCUUUUCAGGGACUACUGACUUUUGUCGUGGGUAUCAUUGCAGCGCUCUUACUGCCACCCUCCGCAAGCCAGACCACCGGUCUUUUCAGAGGCAAGAAGGGCUGGUUCACGGCCCGAGAAGAGGAGAUCCUCGUGAACAGAAUCAUCCGAGAGGAUCCUGCCAAGGGCACGAUGCACAAUCGGCAGGCCAUCACGUUGAAGAUGCUCUGGAACAGUCUCAAGGACUACGAUCUGUGGUAUGCCCCCGACUCCUACCACCAGGGCCGCGUCUACUUUCCUUUCCUGUGAGCUGAUCUUGCUGCUAUUAGGCCCAUGUACCUCAUCACCCUUCUGUCGCCCAUUCCCACCGGCCCGCCGAAUCAGUACUUCACCAUCAUCAUGAAGAAGACGUUUAAAUUCAGCACGACACAGACGAAUCUCCUCACGAUUCCGAAGGGCGUCUUACACAGUGGGUCUCCCCUCGAUCGCAUAUCGCAUUGCAAAGAUCCAAAACUGCCCCCCAAAGAUAGCUAACUUCCUCGAACCAGUAAUUCUCAUGCUCGUGAUCUCGUAUUCCUCGGAGCACUUUGGCGAGCGCACCUGGCAUCUCACCAUCGGCCACGUCUGGGAACUCCCCUUCCUGGUCUACCUGGUCUGCGGGAGCGUGAACAGAGCGAACAGAUGGAUCUACUGGACCUGCAUGACGCUUCUCCUCGGUCAUCCCAGCGCCAGUCCGGUGCUACAUGCGUGGAUUUCAAGGAACUCGAACGCGGUGCGCACGAGGGCUGUAGGCGCUGCGGUGUUCAGUAUGUUCUAUCAGCUCUCCGGGAUCAUCUCUUCGAACAUCUAUCAGAGGAGUAAGUGCCGAACAUCCCCCCCUCCCCCCUUUCAAAACGGUGUGAGGCAUAUGCUGACGACGGAUUGAUUGGUGAUGUGUAGAGGAUUCGCCGAGUUUCCGGGCGGGGAAUAAAGUGUUGCUCGCGAUUGCUGUUCUGAAUAUCUUUACGUACAUCGGGACGAAGGUCUAUUAUGUGAAGAGGAAUCAGGCGCGCGAGAAGAAGUGGGAGCGCAUGAGUAAGGAGGAACAGAUUGAGUAUCUGGAAAAUACGAAGGAUGAGGGGAAUAAGAGGUUGGAAUUCCGCUUGGCGCAUUAG